GUUAGCAAAACCCCUUCGGAAAUUGUUGGGUGACCCGGGUGCCUGCUCUGCUGCGCGGUCUUGUUUCAUGCAAUCCGAGCUUCAUCAUGUCUCUGUCGCAGGUUGGAUAUCUGGUUCCACUGAAUCAAAAUUUAGAGGAAGACACUUCAGUGCCAAAGUUACCCGUUACAGAUGGUUCAAACACUAUCGGCCGGAACAAUAUUCCUGUAUCGGACAAGAGACUUAGCCGCAAGCACUUGACUUUGACUGCUUCUGCUGAUGGGUCUGCUAAUUUGGUUGUGGAGGGAACGAAUCCAAUCGUUGUUAAUUCGGGGAAUAAAAGAAAGAAGUUGAAUUCUCAAGACAAAGCUACAGUUUCCGCUGGAGAUAUUAUAGAAUUUAUUCCCGGGCAUCAUCUUUAUAAAUAUGAAGUAUUGGGUGGUGAGAAAAAAGUGUCUUCAGUUAGUACUGGUAAAAGAUAUUCUACUUGUGGAAGGAAGGGUAAUGAAGUAUCAACUGGAAAAGAAGGUUCUGGCAGGAAUUCUGAGACUCUGCAAAAUAGAGUUGAAAGAUACGACCAAGAACGAGGAAGAAAUGUGGCGGCACAUAAAUCUAAUAGUUCGCAACCCAUUGAAGACACUAGUGCAGAGGCCAUUCGCCAUUUCCAUGUCCCUAAUCAUGAAUUGCCUUCAACUUUUCGACUUCUAAGUGUGAAGGGGCUACCACAGUGGGCAAAUACAUCUUGUGUUUCAAUAAAUGAUGUUAUUCAGGGUGAUAUUCGUGUUGCUGUCCUGUCAAAUUACAUGGUGGAUAUUGACUGGUUGAUACCUGCAUGUCCAGCACUUUCAAAGAUCCCCCAUGUGCUCGUUAUUCAUGGGGAGAGUGAUGGCAAGGUGGAUUAUAUGAAGAGAAUCAAGCCUGCAAGCUGGAUUCUGCACAAACCACCAUUGCCAAUUUCAUUUGGGACACACCACUCAAAGGCCAUGAUUCUUGUCUACCCUCAGGGAGUGAGAGUUAUUGUACAUACAGCAAAUUUGAUUUAUGUAGACUGGAAUAAUAAGAGCCAAGGUUUAUGGAUGCAAGAUUUUCCAUGGAAAGAUCAAAAUAAUCCCACCAAAGGAUCUGGGUUUGAAAAUGAUUUGAUUGAAUAUCUCAACGUGUUGAAGUGGCCCGAAUUCUCUGUUAUGCUACCAUCGCUUGGGAACUUCAGUAUAAGUCCAUCUUUCUUCAAGAAGUUUGAUUAUAGCAAUGCAGUGGUCAGAUUAGUUGCAUCUGUACCUGGAUAUCAUACUGGCACUAGCUUAAAAAGGUGGGGACAUAUGAAAUUGAAGUCACUUCUCCACGACUGUACAUUCGAUGAAGAGUUCAAGAAUUCUCCUAUUGUCUAUCAGUUUUCCUCCCUUGGCUCCUUAGAUGAAAAGUGGAUGACUGAGCUGACAUCUUCAAUGUCAGCUGGAUUUUCAGAAGAUAAAGCACCACUUGGCAUUGGGAAGCCUCAGAUGAUAUUUCCCACUGUAGAAGAUGUUAGGUGCUCUUUAGAGGGUUAUGCAGCAGGAAGUGCAAUCCCUAGUCCUCUGAAGAAUGUAGAAAAAGAUUUCUUGAAAAAAUAUUGGGCAAAAUGGAAAGCAGAUCAUACGGGUCGCAGUCGUGCCAUGCCCCAUAUAAAGACUUUUACACGUUAUAAUGGCCAGAACCUUGCUUGGUUUUUGUUAACCUCCGCGAACCUCAGUAAAGCAGCCUGGGGAGCUCUCCAGAAAAACAAUUCUCAGUUGAUGAUCCGUUCGUACGAGCUAGGAGUGUUGUUUCUCCCAUCAUUGCUUAAAAGACAAGGUUGUUACUUUUCCUGUACAGAUCCCGUUAGUCCAUCAGAGGUUAGUUGCAGGGAACAAGGAUCUUCUCAAAUGCGCAGAACAAAAUUUGUGACCCUGGUUGGGAUGACAAGUGAGGCUGCGGAUUCAUCAUCAGAAGUGAUUCCGUUACCGGUUCCUUACGAGCUUCCUCCUCAGCCUUACUCUUCUCAAGAUGUGCCUUGGUCUUGGGAUCGACAAUACAGUAAGAAGGAUGUCUAUGGCAAAGUUUGGCCACAGCUGAUUUAAUCGUUUGCAUAUGAAGAUCGACGACGUCAAAUCAUGUAGGCUCUCAGGAGAUGCAUUCUCGUACUUGACCGUUUGGUGAUUUCUUGUUCUUUGUUCUUAUAUAGAUGGAGAUGGAAGUAGAAGAGCCAUGCAAAAUUAAAACUAAUUUUUAUAUUGUGAUUAUGAUAAUAAUUUAUUAUUGCCCCUCACUUUAUUUUCA